UUGUUUUGUUAGCUCUCUCUCUGCCUUGUACCACACAGCAUCUGCUGGUAUUUUGUGGAGGAAACCAAACAGAAGGAAAGGGAGAGAGAAAGAAACAAAAUUUCGAAAUUAUUUUCUUUUAUUUCCUACUACAUACAAAGUCUCGAAUUUUCCAGGACUUUUUUUUUCUCAUGAAAAUUUUCUUCUCUCCUUGCAACGAGAAAGCAAAAAACCAUAAACAAAACAAAACCCCGCGUUAGUUUCUGUUAGAUACUUCGAUUCUGUUUUGAUCACCAUCUUCAACUUGUCCACAAAAUCCUAUCUUUAGCGUAACCGAGACAGAACAGAAACCAGAAGGAAAAACAAUAAAUUUAUUUUUGUGAGCAAUCGAUUUUCAAUCUUGUAUUGAUCAGAUUUGGAAAAAAGAUUGUUUUUUUAAUUCUGGGUUUAUCCCAAAGAUCGAUUUUUGUUUUUUUGGUGAUGAAAGUCUAAUGAAUGUUAACUUUCUGUUUCUGGGAAUUGCCAAAUUUGUAUAGAAACUGAUAUAAUCGGGUUCUUGAUUCGGGUCAUCGAGCUACAAUGAAAUCUGUGUCACUUGAUUAUUGGAGGAAUUAUUUCAGGACAGCAAGUUCUGAUAUUUUUGGUAUCAUUGAUCAUGCAAUCUUGGUUGCAGCAUCUGAUUGUCCUAAAGAGUUUAAAUUGCGUAGAGAUCGAAUUGCAGAGCGUUUGUUUUCUUGUAGAUUGAUAAAGUGUUCGGGCUGUAACCGGGUUGAGUUGGCGGUGCCGGGUCAUGAUGAAGGUGUGAGUGAUGAUGGAGGUUGCUGUAGCAAGAGAAGGGAUGGUGAUAAUUCUGGUGGUGUUGGUGGUGGUGAUGAUGAUGAUGUUGAUAUAGAUAUUGAUGAUGGUGGGUUUGAGUACGAGGGAGGUGGUAGUAAAGGGAGCAAGGUGAAUAGUAGUAAUAGAGAUAAUGAUAUUGAUAAUGGAGAAGUGAAUGUGAAUGAUCAGUUGGUUUGUAAUUUUAGUUAUGGAGAUGCUGAAGCUUUAACUGAUGAGAUUGAAGAGGUUUCUCAGACUGUUGAUGAGGUUUUGAGAAUCAAAGACAUUCUUUAUAACAGCCAAGAUGAGUCUGAUUCCGUGUUGCUUGAAUCUUUGAGGAAGCUUCGACUGAUGGCUUUGACCGUGGAUACUCUUAAGGCAACUGAGAUUGGAAAGGCUGUCAAUGUCCUCCGGAAGCAUGGAUCAAAGCAGAUUCGAUAUCUUGCACGGACUCUAAUAGAAGACUGGAAAGUUUUAGUAGACGAGUGGUAUAGUACUGCAAAUGCUAUAAGAGGUGAUGAAGGUACUCCCGAUUCUGUAAAUCCCUCUGUUGUUGAUGAAGAAGAAGGGCUUCCAUCUCCUCCUUUGGAUGAAGGAGCUUUCUUUGCUACUCAACCUACUUCAAUGGAGCUCUCACAAUUCUUUGAUGGAAUGGAUGAUGAUGGAAAUCCUCGAAACGGUGGGGAAUUCAUCAAGAACCGUGAAAGUGGACAGAGACCAUCAGUGGAGAAACAAAAUUUUGCAAAACAGAAACAGCACACUCCUAAUGGAGCAAAUGUCCUUUCCAAGGACAACAAGAGUCAACAGAUGAGGAGGCAAGAAGCUAUUGUAAAGGCAAGCAAGCCUUCAAAUGCCAAUUCUGGACCUGGAAGACCUCUAAUGCAAAAUGUUGAGCAGAAGAUGAAUCAGGAACUGCAGUUAAUUCGAAAAACAGAUAAGAUUACCAGCCAGAGAAAGCCUCCAACUGGCCAGCAAGAUAAAUUGAAGAAUUCAGAUGAAGUUGAUGUCCAGAUGAAACUUGAAGCCACAAAAAGGAAACUCCAGGAGCGGUAUCAACAAGCUGAGAAUGCCAAGAGGCAAAGAACGAUACAGGUAAUGGAGCUGCAUGAUCUCCCUAAGCAGGGAUAUGUUCAGAAAAACCAACCCAUUAGACCAGGGAACCAAAACCGGCAUUGGGCACAUGGAAGGCGGCAAACAUUUUAAGUUUAGCGGAAUGCACAUUCAUUGUCUUUCCAAGUAUCUUCCAUUCGGGAAGUCAGCGGUCAUUGUCUUUCCAAGUAUCUUCCAUUUGGGAAGUCAGCGGAAGAACACGAAUAACUCAGACUUGCUGUUGUUUGAUCUACAAAGAUAAACAAUAAGAGAUCUGUUGUCAAUCAUACUGAAGAGUGGCCAUUCUUGAUUGCAGGGAAACAAACUUUUGAAACUCUAAUCUCAUGCUUAACACAUUCAGUUAUAGAGACUGUAGGGGGUUGUUUUGUAAUGCAGUCUGAAUUCUUGACUUUGCACCAGGAUGCAUAUCUGUAGAGAAAACUUUGAUUUGCACCUGCCAACUUCAAUUGACUGCUUCUCAACAUUA